UGGCAGCAGCGCUUGGUACCAGCCGCCGCAACAAAGAUGCGGGUGUAUGAGCCACUGUUCAGCAACGUGUCUUUGCACGAACACCGGUUCGCAGUGCACUGAACCUCCCAGCCCCCCGCGCAUGUAUCAGUGCUCAUGAUCUGUAUCGACACUCGAACGGCCAACUCGUAGCAACUCGAGUCUGGUCAAGCUAUGCGAUCAAGCAAUGCCCACGAUUGGCGCACCACUCCGCAAAUGGACGGCAUUCCUGCUCCUCUGCAGCACACCCACGACCGCACUUGCCCAGGCGACGAAUAACAACGUGACCUCCAGCACGGGCGCUACUGCAGCUUCGAGUGUCACACAGCAUAGUGCUUCUACUGCUCCUUCGCAGCCAACACCUCUCUCUCGCUCUUACGCCGAUACCGACACGAUAUGCUUGUACCGAACGAUAAAUUAUAUUACGCACACGCUACCUCAGCAAUGUCUGAAGACGAGUUGGUCAGCCCCAGUCGCUACAGUCUCCAGUGACGAAACAGUACCCGCAGCAGAACCAACAUUGACGCCGCAAAUAUCGGCCUCUACUACAAAGGAAGGAGCAGAGAGUAGGGCAGAUGAGAGCACAGGGAGUCCUACACCUGUGUCUGCCUCUUCAGCAGAAGGCACGGGCUCUGUCGAGAGUGUGGCUGGCAGCGGUACCGCAAGCACAGAACCAGAUACUGAGCUGGAGACGGACUCGCCUUUCGACAACGCCAACUUUCUCUCAUUUGACGAAUGGAAGAAGAGAAACUUGGCCCAAGCCGGCCAGUCGCCUGAGAAUGUUGGACAGGGUCGAGCUGCUUCUGCCGACCAGGGGCCUAGAAGGCGCCCGGUCAACGUUAAUGCCUUGGACUCUCUAGGCGAGGAGGCAGAGAUUGAUAUCGAUUUCAGUGGCUUUGGGGACCCAUCUGAGGGAAGCUCCAUUGGCAGUGGUAUCGCUUCAAGGGAUCCGGGCUCUGAAGCUGCAAAGUCUACUGGGGAGGCAGACAAAGCUGGCUCAGGCUCCUGGGCGCUCAGCAAAGAUGCUGGAAAGACGUGUAAGGAGCGCUUCAACUAUGCCUCGUUCGACUGCGCAGCAACUGUUCUUAAGACGAACAAGAAGGCAAAGGGCUCCUCAGCUGUGUUGUCAGAACACAAGGACAGCUACAUGCUGAACGAGUGCUCUGUCGAUAACAAGUUUCUAAUUGUAGAGCUUUGUGACGACAUUCUGGUUGAUACAGUCGUCCUUGCCAACUACGAGUUCUUCUCGUCCAUGUUCCGCCAUUUUCGCGUCAGCGUAUCAGACCGCUACCCCGUUAAGAUGGAGAGAUGGCGCACGCUAGCCACCUUCGAAGCUCGCAACUCCCGCGAUAUCCAACCUUUCCUCGUCACAGAACCACAGAUCUGGGCUCGCUAUCUGCGCAUUGAGUUCUUGACGCACUAUGGCAAUGAGUUCUACUGUCCUUUGAGUCUGUUGCGGGUGCAUGGCACUACCAUGAUGGAGCAGUUUAGACGGGAGGAAGAAGAAGCUCGAGGCGGCGAUGACGACGCUGAAUCGAUUGAAGAGGAGGAGGAUGUUGUUAAGCCCGCUGAUGGUAGUGGCCCAAUACCGGCGGACCGAGUACCAGUUAUACCGGCCAAAGAAGAACCCACGGUGCCGAAAGCGACGGUUCUUGCUAAAAGCACAUCGCAAUCCACCAUCUCUCCUAGCACUCAGCCGGCCCCUAGUCAAACUGUAUCGCAGCCCACGACGUCCGGACUACCAUCAGCUUCCUGGCGAGCGCCACAAUCGACGCCGAUCAACCGAUCGACUGGUGCAUCUGAUAGCAAUGACACCGCCAGCAGCUCAUCAACCAAGUCGUCUUCGUCCACAAAAUCUAAUGCAGACAAUGACAAUGACAGCAAUAUCAACGUGCAAGAUCGAGGGGCUAGCAGCACCACCGUCGCCUCGCAGCAUGCUCAGACACCUCCAGCAUCUCAAAAUACCGCACCUAUUAGUUCCGGUACCAGCUCUGGAGCACCUGCGAUUCGGAAGGAUCCCUCGACUCGCUCGCCUGGAUCUGACGCGGCCCCUUCACCCGCAAAUCAUCCGCCUGCGAAGCCUUUCAACAAUAAUACCGCAGCGAAUCCUUCAGCCCAAACACAGUCACGUCCCUCGCCUACACAACCGAAUGCUGCUGCGCCAUCUACCCAAGAAUCUUUCUUUAAGUCAAUCCACAAACGUCUGCAGUACCUCGAGGCUAACAGCACGCUUUCACUGCAAUACAUUGAGGAACAGUCACGCAUCCUGAGAGAUGCCUUCAUCAAAGUCGAAAAGAAGCAGCUGGCAAAGACAGAGAAGUUUCUGGAGUACAUGAACACAACGGUCAUUACAGAGCUCAAGCACUAUCGCAAUUUGUACGAACAGCUUUGGCAAAGCACCGUCAUUGAGGUUGAAGGCAUCAAAGAGCGACAGAAGUCAGAGAUGGGAGAAAUCGGCGCUAGACUUAGUCUGAUGGCCGACGAGCUCGUUUGGCAGAAGAGGAUGGCUGUCGUUCAGUCAACACUGUUACUUCUGUGUCUUGGUCUAGUCCUCUUCGCUAGAUCAGGGACGAUGGGAGCCGCUGCAGACAUGCCUAUAGUACAGCAACUGGGAACUAAAUACUCCAGUUUCUUCGAUUCUCCUCCACCACCACGAGGACCAGAAACUGGCGUAGACAGACGUAGACGGACGUUCAAGAACAUGUGGCGCAGCGACACCUCGGCUGGACUGAGUGAUAGAAGCGGUCACGAAAGCCAAGGACGUAACAUUUUGUCAGAUGUCGACAGUGACGAUGCAAGAAGUCCUGUUCAGAUCCAGUACAGUCCACCGACUCCCAACACACCAGUUGGUAGAUCUGCGAAUGCCUCACAAUCUGGUUCCUCGCCACCGGAUGUCAACGGAGUUGUGGACGGUGAUUCAGAUUGCGGACACGCGACAUCAAAAAAGGUCCCUGACAUCAGUCUCGAAGACCAAGCCAAGCGCAUACAGGUGUUAGCAACACAAUCCGGUCCGGCGACACCCAACGGUACACGAGACAGCAGACCGUCAUGGGAAGAGGUCAACCGUGCUAUCGAUCAGUUGAAGGCGGAAGAACAAGAAGCUGCACCACCCAAGGAGGUGCGUGUCAAGGGCAAGGCAAGGUCGCCAUUGAGAAGGGCGCAGAGCAGCUACGAUGGCGCUGCGGAUGACAACUCGCCGACCGAUAGCGGCAAUGACCUGUUCAUCAGCAGUUGAUGAUUAUUGGGUAUGCGGCUCUUCCUGGGGCUACUGUGUACUCCAGCGUGGCGUUCGGUUAGUCUAUGAUGCAUUGAGGAAUGAACUGGCGUUUGAGGCAGGCUAUUGUUUUGUUGACUUUUACAUACCCCUUUAUUGUUUGGCUGAGGAAGACGUCAUGUUAAUAUUGAAUCAAC